AUGGCGCGACUCUUCUGCCUGCAGCUUUUUGCCGCGGCCGCAGCUACCCCGAGCUCCCCAGUGCUUGUACGCCUUGAGCGGAAGGCGGCGCUUGUGGCUCACGAUGAAGUGCCCAAGGCUUACUACGUUGGCACCUUGCUGGUGGGUGGCGAUCAGGAGAUGCAGGUGGGCUUUGACACCUCCACCGGGUCCGUGGUGCUGGACUCGGCGCGGUGCGGCGCCCCCGCCUGCCUGCGGCACCGGCGCUACGCGCCGGGGAAAGCCGCCCAGGAGCUGAACCGCCGCGGAGGAGUCGUCCCGAGCGGUGAGCAGGCCACCCUCGUUGUGGAUCACAACGAGGAGACCCAUGCCAGUGGGAGCGUUAGCGGCGGCAUGAUCCGGGACCAAGUCUGCUUAGGGGAAGGAGAUGUUAGCCGCGUCUGCGCGGACAUCGGGAUGCUGGCAGCCAACGACAUGAGCAACGACCCUUUCAUGGAGUUGCCGGUGGAUGGCAUCGUUGGCCUCAGCAUGGAAGGGCUGUCCAUCUCUGGCGCCUUCAACUUCCUCCGCGGUUUGCAGGGCGCCGGCCUUGCUCCGGUCUUCGGGCUGUUCCUCCCCCCUGCCGGCGCGGCAGGGCCAGGGGAGGUGGCAUUCGGCGGCUACAAUCCGCGCCUGGCCUCGAACUUGUCGUGGGUCCCAGCGGAGGAGCCCUCCAAGGGAUUUUGGCAGGUGCGGCUGCAGGGGAUUUACGUGGGCGGCGAGCCUUUGGAUUUCUGCCGGAAGGGCUGCCGUGCCAUUGUUGACAGCAGCUCCUCCCACCUCACCGUGCCCAGCGAGGUUAUGCCCCUGAUGCACGAGAAGUUGGCGGUGGUUGCUCCCAAGGGAUGGCUCUCCGAGCGCCGGCUCUGCGAGCAGGCGCGGGGCGCUCCCCUGACCUUUGCCCUGGGCGAGGCGAACCUCACCUUGGAAGCCAAGGACUAUGUGGCCGCGGAGGGCAAGGAGUGUGUGGCGCAGCUGCACCCCUGGGACCUGCAGGAGCGCCAGACCGCUGCAACCCGAACGGAAGAGGGUGUGACGGUGGCAGCCGGCGUUGAUUUGCACACCAUCAUCCUGGGUGAGCCUUUGCUGCGCAAGUACUACACCGCCUUCGACGCCUCGAAGCUUCGGGUGGGCUUCGGCUUGGCCCGGGAGGACCUGGAGGACUCCUUUCGCCGUUCCGGACAUUGCCAUGAGUUUUAA